AUGACCACCAUUGUGGACCAGACGGGUACGAGCAUGCGCACUCAGGAGCAUGUGGUUCGUGGCAGCGGUUCGCCAGAGAGGGAGGAACGAACGGCCGGAGUUGACUAUGCGCUGGUUACACUACGCGACACGCUUGGUACGGCGGACAGGAGACUGCGAAAUCCCCGGCGCUUCCAGGCAUCAAUCACUUGA